GCGACCCGUUACCAUAGAAACGACGAAAAGGCUCUCGAGAGUUUACUGUAGAAGGGAAUUACAUUAACGGGGAAAAAAAAUAACAUCUGGAGGCCGACGGGAAACAGAGCAAGCAUGUUUUCCAAGAUGACCAGCGACCGGACGGUUUGUCUGAACAGGAAGCCGACUGUCCAAGACGCGAUGACAGGACGGGACUUUAUAACGGCGCAGAUUGAGCUGAGGGACAAGGAGAGAGAGUUGGAUGAGCUGAAGCAGAAGACCCAUGAGCAGAAACAGUAUUUGAUUUAUUUACAUCGGCGUAAUGAGGAGCUGCAGCAAACCACAAAGGAAGCGCGUGAGCAACGCUUCAAGCUGGAAAUGUUUUUUCGGGACGAAGAAACGGAAUCCGACAGGUUGACGGCCGAGAAGGAGAUGAAGGAGGCGAUGGAGAAGGAGGCGGAAAUCCAGAGGCUGAAGGAGGAGUGUGUGAACCUGAAGAGGAGGAAGCGGGAGAUGCAGCUUCAGACCCUCAAAUACACACACUACAGGGAGUUCUUGGAGCGCGUGCUCAAACUAACAAAAUUCACCAACGUGGACGCGCUCGCAAGUUACUUGGAGAGCCUCCUCUACAUCAGGGACCAGCUGUACCAGAGGGAGACUCAGGUGCAGGAACACAUGGAGCAGCAGAAGAAAGCCUUCCAGAUCCUGAAGGACCAGCACAACCUGCUGUGGCUGCAAAAGAACAACCACCUGUCGCAGCUCCAGACCAACCUGGAAAAGGCCCGCUCCAAAGCUCUGAUAUGGGAAAGGCAGUGGAACCAAAUUCAGGAAACGGCUGCAAAGAAGACGCUGGAGCUGGGCCAGAUCACGUACGCGACCCUUAACCUCUUCGAAAUGGCCGGCGGGACGAUUGGAGUGGGCGGUUUGCACAUCAACGACACAGAGAAGCAACUGGACGCGAUCAAGAACUUCAUGAUGGACCACACAGACAUUGUGAAACAUUAUCUCACAUACUUGCACCGAGAAGCCAGAGGAAGCAAAUCAGAAAACAUUACAAUUAUUAAGUAGCAAACUGUCUAACUUUGUCACAAAGUGUCUAUUUCAAACAAAAAAAAGUACAAAUUA